CAAUUCCCAGCUCAGGCCCAAAAGAAAGAAAAGAAAAGAAAGAAGGUAACAAAAGAUAUAUAAAAGAGUAAAAUUAGAAACCGGAGAAAUAGGAGGAGAUCAAGAAACCCUUUUUGAAUCUCUUCUCGCAUGCAACAAACCCCAAAAUCACAAAUCUAAAUGGCCGAUAAGAAGAAGAAGGUGUGGUUUUGGGGAGAUAAUGACGGCGGAGGAGGAACUGGGAAGGAGGCUGAAGAUGACAUGGCUGGCCAUCUGUCUCGAGACGAGACAAUGAGCCAAUACAGCCAUAGCAAAGGCCUUCUUCCUUCUCUCGGAGCCACCGGUCGUUCUUCCCGCGACGUUAAUCUCCGUCGCUUUAUCAUAGCUCCUUUCGAUCCUCGCUACAGAACAUGGGAGACGUUUUUGGUGUUUUUGGUGCUCUACACAGCCUGGGCGUCGCCUUUUGAAUUCGGUUUCUUGCAAAGGCCAAGGGCACCUCUGAGCAUCCUCGACAACGUCGUCAACGGAUUCUUUGCCAUCGAUAUAAUCCUGACAUUCUUCGUUGCCUUUCUAGACAAGGCAACGUACCUCCUCAUCGAUGAUCCAAAGAGAAUCGCUUGGAGAUACGUGUCCACUUGGUUUGCUUUCGACGUCAUAUCCACGUUCCCUUACGAGAGCUUCGCUAGCUUGCUUCACGGGAGUAUCCAAGGGUAUGGAAUUUUCAGCAUGCUGCGUCUGUGGCGUCUUCGGAGAGUCAGCAACUGUUUCGCCAGGUUGGAGAAAGAUAGGAGGUAUAGCUACUUCUGGGUUCGAUCCACCAAGCUUCUCCUCUGUACUCUUUUUGUGAUUCAUUGCGGUGCUUGCUUCCUCUAUUCCAUUGCUUCCCAUUAUCCUGACCCUUCCAAGACGUUCAUGGCGUUAACCGACGAAAACUGGAAACAGUCUCCUCUAUCUGUGCAGUAUAUCACGGCCAUGUACUGGUCCAUUACUACUUUCUCAACAACCGGUUAUGGUGAUAUACAUGGUGUUAAUUCAAACGAGAUGACUUUCAUUCUUUUCUACAUGGUCUUUAACCUUGGAUUGUCAGCUUAUAUUAUUGGUAACAUGACCAACUUGGUGGUUCACGUCACCAGUCGCACUAGAAAAUUUAGAGAUACCAUCCAAGCCGCGUCGGGGUUUGGUCAGAGAAACAAUCUACCAGUGCGGUUGCAAGAUCAGAUGGUAGCUCAUUUGUGUUUGAGGUACAGAACCGAUUCAGAAGGCUUACAGCAGCAAGAGAUCAUCGAUUCACUCCCCAAAGCUAUACGCUCCAGCAUAUCGCAUUAUCUGUUUUAUGAAGUUGUUGACAACAUUUAUUUGUUCCAUGGAAUAUCCAACGAUCUUCUUUUCCAGUUGGUCACGGAAAUGAAAGCAGAGUAUUUUCCUCCAAAAGAAGAUGUGAUUUUGCAGAACGAAGCACCAACAGACUUUUACAUAUUGGUGACUGGGGCUGUUGAAAUAAUUGCACGUGUAAAUGGAGUAGAGCAGGUAGUUAAUGAAGCACAGGGAGGAAAUGUUUUUGGCGAAGUUGGGGUGCUUUGUUACAGACCGCAGCUGUUUACAGUUCGUACCAAGCGAUUGACUCAGUUGCUUCGUCUGAACCGUACGACACUCUUGAAUCUUGUUCAGGCAAACGUAGGAGAUGGAGCAAUUAUCAUGAAUAAUCUUCUUCAGCAUUUAAAAGAGUCGGAAGAUCCAGUGAUGAAAGGCAUUUUGGCUGAUACAGAACACAUGUUGGCUCAAGGAAAAAUGGAUUUACCUCUCAGUUUGUGUUUUGCUGCAGCCAGAGGAGACGAUUUACUGCUGCAUCAGUUACUAAGGCGAGGCUCAAACCCUAGUGAAAUGGACAAGGAUGGGCGAACUGCCCUGCAUAUAGCAGCAUCAAGAGGAAGCCAUUACUGUGUCGUUUUACUCCUGGAACAUGGAGCAGAUCCUAACAUUAGAGAUUCAGAAGGCAAUGUGCCCUUGUGGGAAGCAAUCAUAGGGGGGCAUGGCGGGAUUGCAAAGCUCCUUGCGGAAAACGGGGCAAAGCUAAGCCUAGACUCAGUGAGCUACUACUCGUGCUUAGCCGUGGAAAAGCACAGCUUGGAAGCACUCAAAGACAUCAUCAGAUACGGCGGUGACAUCACGCUCCCUGACGGAAACGGAACCACGGCCUUACACAGAGCAGUCUCAGAAGGACACGUGGAGAUUGUGAAGUUCUUGUUAGACGAAGGUGCCGAUUUGGACAUGCCAGAUUCUUACGGUUGGACGCCACGAGGUCUUGCCGAGCAUCAAGGGCACGAAGACAUCAAAACGUUGUUUCAUAACCACAGGCCGGUGGAGAAGAAACCGGUGUGUACCCCUGGAAGACCUGAGUUUCCUGUUACGGGAAAACCGUUGGUGAAGCAUAGCAGUGAGCCUACACUGCCACAUUCAGGAGAAGUAGUACCUCUUGUCCAAGAGGGAGGCCAGCUUGUGGUUUCUCAGAGACGGAAACUCAGUAACUUCAGAAACUCUCUCUUUGGAUUCAUUUCGGCUGCAAAUACUGGUGAUGAUGGAGGAGAAACUACAAGAAGCUCAGUAGGAGGAGGUGCAUUUUAUCCUCCUAGAGUCACGAUUAGGUCGCUGGAAAACGGUGAAACUGGUGGCAAAGUGGUAAUAUUACCGAGUUCUAUGGAAGAACUAUUGAAAGUGGGUGAACAAAAGAUGGGUUUCGUCCCAACCAAAGUACUUACGAGGGAAGGAGCAGAAAUCGACGACAUCAGUCUUGUAAGAGAUGGUGAUUGUCUCAUUCUUGCAAGAGAUCCUUGAUGCACAUGCAACUAAUUCUCUUUUUUAACUAAAAAGACUGAUUUUGUCAAGCUGAGUGUAAUUUAUAGUAUUGAUAUGAUGGAAAUAUGAGUGCAUAACCCAACCAACUCUUUAUUCGUUUGGGAUUUUGAAUUUGUUGCUCUGUAUAUAUUUAAUUGUUGCCUACUAACUCUGUUUCAUAAUAUAAUAAAAAACUAGGUGAUAAUCCACACC